CGGCCAAUCGAGCGCGGAGGGCGGGCCGGCGGGCUCAACCUGUGGGCCCGAGCUCCGUCCGCGCUGCUGUGCGCGAAGCUGGGUCUGUCCCAGGGCUCCGGCGGCCGUUCUCGCGUCGGGAUCCUGGUCGUCAUGGGGACAAAGGCGAAAGUCGGGAGGGAACAGUCGCUUCUCUUCACGUCGGUGAUCCUGUGCUCGCUGGCGCUGGGCAGCGGUACCGUGUUCACUCCGGAACCCGAAGUCCGAGUUGCUGAGAAUAAACCCGCCAAGCUGUCCUGCUCCUACUCUGGCUUCUCCUCUCCACGAGUGGAGUGGAAGUUUGCCCAAGGCGACACCACCAGCCUCGUUUGCUACAACAACAAGAUUACAGCUUCCUACGAGGACCGAGUGACCUUCUCACACAGUGGUAUCACCUUCCAUUCUGUGACCCGGAAAGACACGGGGACAUAUACGUGCAUGGUCUCUGACGAAGGUGGCAACACCUACGGGGAGGCCAGCGUCCAGCUACUUGUGCUCGUGCCGCCGUCCAAACCUACAGUCAGCAUUCCCUCAUCCGCCACCAUUGGGAGCCGGGCGGUGCUGACCUGCUCCGAGCAAGACGGCUCCCCACCCUCCGAGUACUACUGGUUCAGGGACGGGGUCCUGAUGCCAACGGAGCCCAAGAGCAGCCGUGCCUUCAGCAACUCCUCCUACACCCUGAACCACAAGACAGGGGAGCUGGUCUUUGACCCGGUGUCAGGCUCUGACACUGGAGAAUACACGUGUCAGGCUCAGAAUGGGUACGGGACACCCGUGAGGUCAGACCCCUUGCGCAUGGAAGCUGCGGAGCUGAAUGUGGGGGGCAUCGUGGCUGCCGUCCUUGUAACCCUCAUUCUCCUUGGAGUCUUGAUUUUCGGCAUCUGGUUUGCCUAUAGCCGAGGCUACUUUGACAGAAUGAAGAAAGGGACUGCAAAUAAAAAGGUGAUAUACAGCCAGGCCACUGCUCGAAGUGAAGGGGAGUUCCGACAGACCUCUUCAUUCCUGGUGUGACGUUGGUUCUCUGCGUUUGCCUCACUCAGGUGCUACCAGACUCUGGCCCCUGAUGUCUGUCUGUAGCUUCACAGGAUGCCUUAUUUGUUUUCUAGCCCCCCACAGGGGGCCCCACUUUUAUCUUAGUUCGGAUGUGUUUUUUAAUAACGUCAGCUCUGUGCCCCGUCCUUUUUCAUCCCUCCCUUCCUUUCCCACCACCACUGAGUGUCCUGGGACUCUGUAAAGCUUUCGUUCCGGUCCCUCCGAGGGAUCGAGCAGGAGUGCUGAGUGCUGCCUGCUCCCUCCCAAGCAGACGGCAGACGGCAGGAGCAGCAGGGCACUCACCCCCGGGUACAGCCACCAUCGUACAGGCCUGGAGCCCAAUUCCUCAGCUGUUUCCUCCCACGCUGCUCUGAUAACCGCCAUCAGCCAUUGUCAAGUGGGGACUGGGGACCACAGCAGCUGAAAAGGUCCCUCCCACCUCUGCUUUCCCACAGGAAAUGCCACACACAGACUGACACCAACUGUGUCAGUGGGGAAAACUGGUGCUUUUGUUGUGGAGAGCAUAGUCAGCUUUCAGGGGACAAGAAGCAGAAGUUUUUAACCACUGAUUUAAAGAAAUGGAAGCUGGAGCUGGUGGCUCGAGCCAUCAUCCUUCCUUUGGCCGAACAGCUGGAUGGACCCUCUGACGCUGUGUCUCCUAGGCUGUGGGGACGUGUGUCGUAGUGUCUGCUGAGGGCAUGUGCUCCUGGUUCUGUGCGGACCUGGGUGUGUGCUGGAGGGCUGCUCAGCUCGUGGUGGGUUGGUGUUUAUGUGAGUUUGUGUGCAGCUGGAUGUUGCUGGAAAUAAGAACCUUGUUUGUGGAAGCUUCUUGCUGUGAGUUGGGCAGUGAGGCUCUUGGUCUCCUUUGUACAAACAAGAAAAUGCCAGAAGCCCUGCUUUCCAGCAACCUGGGCUGGUCCCACCCCUUCCUGUCCCGCCCCUUCCUGCUUCCUGUCUCAGGGUGGAGCUCCAAACACUGGACCCGGUGCCAGCGCUCCCUGUGCCUGGCCUCCCCUGCUGGAGGAUGGCACCCUAUGCUGGAGGAGGCUGAGCCCUGAGAGGGGAGAAAGCCCGCCGUCUGCCUCUGCCCACCAGGUGCCUUCACCCAGCCCCUGGGGCUGCAGGAGAAAGUGCUGGAGCCUGCGGCAGGAGUGCGUCUCAGACCAUUUGGAGACUCCAUCUUUAGCAGUCCCUGCGACUUUCUGUGGUGGGGUGGGUGUUUGAGGAAAAGAUCCUUGGUGACCGGGUGUGAGUCCGGCUGUGGGUGAGCGAGCGCAGGAGGGAGCAGGCCUGCGUGUCCUCGUCUUCCUGUCAGUCCCUUCUGUGCCCUUAAAUUACUGUUUCCCCACCUACCACCGUCCCCCAGUCUAUUGAUUAACUAGCAAGAGCACAAAUAAGGAGUUUUCUAGGGUCAUUUUGAUUAUUUCUGUGGAGGAUACUAAGUACCGCUUUGCUGUACUCCGCUGCCUGAUCUGGAAAUCCCAACAGAGUUUGAGUUUUGUAGCAAGGACCCAAAAGGAAAAACAGGACCAAUCAAACCAUCAGGUCAGGGUCACAGGCGAACAAAAAAAAUUUUCCAGGUGGAAGUAAAAUCAAAUUAGACAAUAAAAGCAGAGAUGAUGGAAUGAUUCAGUAAGCAUGAGAAUUGUGAAGUAUGUUUCAGUUCUGUAUCCUGUUGGGAGGUGUGAGGAGAGGCCCAGGUGGCUCACUGCCCUGUAAGUCUCCUCACACCCUAGGCCACUUGUGAGGAGGAGGCAGUUGGUACCAGCCUUGGUAUUCACCUCUGCAGCUUGCAGCCGCCCCUUUGGGUUGGAAAACACCUUGUCUGCUUUCAUUGUAUGAUGUCAAAACUGAUUUUUGUAAUAAAUGUUUAUUUUUCACAUUGA